GAUAGAUUUUAGUCAGAGACAAGAUCUUGAGAUCUUUAAUCUAAUGAUUAUUUUUCAUAUAAUUGAUAAAUAAUUUACUGUAUUAAAUGUCAGAAAUAAUGGUAAUUGCCAAUCACAAGUUACCAGAACCCACAGCUAUGCGUCAAAAGUGCUAACUUUUUCUGACCAAAAAACUCAAAGGGAUUUCUUUGUCUUGGUGCUGAUUGUGAAAUAGGUGAUAAUGAUCUACACCAAUGUAACAGGGAUGAGAAGUUUCUUCAUCCUUGGAUUCCCUGGACUUUCACCACAGUAUUAUGGACCUGUGUCAUCUAUGUUCUUUUUCAUCUACCUGGCUAUUGCAAUAGGAAAUAUUUUUAUUUUAGCAUUUGUUGUCUAUGAAAAGUCCUUGCAAAAACCAACAUAUCUGGUUUUCUGUCACCUGGCACUGAAUGACUUAACAUUUGGCACUGUGACUCUCCCAAAGAUCAUAUCAAAAUAUUGGUUUGGUGAUAGCAUUAUUUCAUUUUAUGGGUGCUUUACACAGAUGUUCUUUGUUCAUUAUUUAGGAUCAGUGACUUCUUUUAUCUUGUUGGUAAUGGCUCUUGAUCGAUUUAUUGCAAUAUGUAUUCCAAUGCGUUAUGCUGUCCUAAUAACAAACAACAUCAUAUCUGUGCUCUGUGGGUUUGCUUGGUUCAUACCUCUGCCUUUGAUGAUGACCAUUGUACUCCAUGCCCUCACUUUACCUUACUGUAAAUCAAAUGUCAUUGCUCAGUGCUACUGUGACCACAUUUCUAUAACAAGUCAGGCAUGUGGUGAGGAUGUUAAAAUUGUGCAGGUCACUACUCUCUGUAUGGCCAUGUUUUGUCUUUUGCUUCCUCUUGCAUUCAUUUUGUUUUCCUAUGUUUCCAUUAUUGUGGUUAUUAUGAAAAUGUCCAAUGCUACAGGGCGCAAAAAAACCUUAUCAACUUGUACCCCACAAAUAUUUAUCACUUGCCUUUUUUACCUUCCCAGAUGUUUUGUUUACGUAGCUAAUACUGUUGGAUUUUCUUUCAGUUUAGAUGUUCGCAUUUUAUUGAUAUUGUUGUACAGUCUUUUUCCUGCUGCUGUUAAUCCGAUCAUAUAUUGUUUCAAGACUCAGGACAUAAAGCAAACUUUGAUAAAGAAGCUGAAAACAACUAGGAUUGGAAUAGAGAUUUCAUUCUAAUUAGCAUACUGAUGAUAAAAGUUUGGCUUAGCCUAAUUUGCAACAAAUGUGACAACAGAAAAUUAUUUUUAAGUUAGCAAGAUGUGAAAAUUAAAUUUUUUUUGUGUGCUUGUGUUUCAUUAUUGUUAAGUAUGCAUUUUACAGCAAUUUAGAUAAUGAUAGCUAGCCUAAAUGUACUGGGAAAUUCACAUGUAAUUGCUUUACAAAUACUGCACUGUAUAUCAUACAAAAGAAGUGAUGAGCUAACAGGAAGAAAAAAAUCCUGUACAUUUUCUGCUUUAUGAUAGGACUUCAGAUACCACAACUAAAGUCUCGUUUUCACUCACACACUCCUGCCCUUUUAUUUUGUUACCAAGCGAACUUUGCCUCCUAUUUCAUCUACGUCAGAGAGUCCAUGAAUCUUUCUACAGCGUUGUUGGCAGGGCGGCCAGAGUGAAUUUUGAAGCACUUGCCAGUGGCGGUCUGAACGCACGUUACGUCCUGACAUCAGAUAGACAGGGGAAAGAAAGUCAAUAAAAGAGACAAGCAACCACUCUCCAGAAUAAACUGCAACAGUUUGAGCAAAAAUACCAAGCACAUUUCAUUUUGCCAUUGUCAAACACACUGAAUAGUGUAAACAAACAUCCAUUCUUCUUUCCAUCAGUAGUGGACUGAUUAGCACCAGGUGUAGGUUUACUGUACACAGAUGUGGGGUUAGGUUUCUUUGGGCAUAGUAA